CCCGCCAGCUCGCGGAGCCGCUCUGCCUCGCGCCCUAGCCCGCGCCUGCAGCCCGCCCAGGUGGGGUCAGCCCGCGCUCCGCCCGCCGCGAUUCGGGCUCGGAGGUUCGGACUCCGGGCUCGCCGCCCCCCGGGCCGGCUCCGCGCCCCGCACUCCCGGCGCCCAGCGCCCCGCGCCCCGGCGGGCGGAGCGCACCAUGCCGCAGCUGGACUCCGGCGGGGGCGGCGCGGGCGGCGGCGGCGACGACCUCGGCGCGCCGGACGAGCUGCUGGCCUUCCAGGAUGAGGGCGAGGAGCAGGACGACAAGAACCGCGACAGCGCCGCCGGUCCCGAGCGCGACCUGGCCGAGCUCAAGUCGUCGCUCGUGAACGAGUCCGAGGGCGCGGCCGGCGGCGCAGGGAUCCCGGGGGUCCCAGGGGCAGGCGCCGGGGCCCGCGGCGAGGCCGAGGUCCGGGCCGAGGCUCUCGGGCGGGAACACGCUGCGCAGAGACUCUUCCCGGACAAACUUCCAGAGCCCCUGGAGGACGGCCUGAAGGCCCCGGAGUGCACCAGCGGCAUGUACAAAGAGACCGUCUACUCCGCCUUCAAUCUGCUCAUGCACUACCCACCCGCCUCGGGAGCAGGGCAGCACCCCCAGCCGCAGCCCCCGCUGCACAAGGCCAAUCAGCCCCCCCACGGUGUCCCCCAACUCUCUCUCUACGAACAUUUCAACAGCCCACAUCCCACCCCUGCACCUGCGGACAUCAGCCAGAAGCAAGUUCACAGGCCUCUACAGACCCCUGACCUCUCUGGCUUCUACUCCCUGACCUCAGGCAGCAUGGGGCAGCUCCCCCACACUGUGAGCUGGCCCAGCCCUCCUCUCUACCCCCUGUCCCCUUCCUGCGGAUAUAGACAGCACUUCCCUGCCCCCACUGCAGCCCCUGGCGCCCCCUACCCCAGGUUCACCCACCCAUCCUUGAUGCUAGGUUCUGGUGUACCUGGUCACCCAGCAGCCAUCCCCCACCCGGCAAUUGUGCCCCCCUCAGGGAAGCAGGAGCUGCAGCCCUUCGACCGCAACCUGAAGACACAAGCAGAGUCCAAGGCAGAGAAGGAGGCGAAGAAGCCAACCAUCAAGAAGCCCCUCAAUGCCUUCAUGCUGUACAUGAAGGAGAUGAGAGCCAAGGUCAUUGCAGAGUGCACACUUAAGGAGAGCGCUGCCAUCAACCAGAUCCUGGGCCGCAGGUGGCACGCGCUGUCGCGAGAAGAGCAGGCCAAGUACUAUGAGCUGGCCCGCAAGGAGAGGCAGCUGCACAUGCAGCUAUACCCAGGCUGGUCGGCGCGGGACAACUACGGGAAGAAGAAGAGGCGGUCGAGGGAAAAGCACCAAGAAUCCACCACAGACCCUGGCUCGCCUAAGAAAUGCCGUGCUCGCUUUGGCCUCAACCAGCAGACGGAUUGGUGUGGUCCGUGCAGAGACAAACUGGCCCAGAGAACUCAAGGAUGGUAAUGGACAAGAAGAGUCACUGUCCACGUCUUCUUCCUCUAGCCCAGCCUGAGGACUGGGAUGGCUGGGCAAGGAAGCCAUAGGCAUUGUGGCCCCUUGCCUUGGUGCAGAUCUGAGUCCCACAAACACACCUGGAGAAGCUCAAAGGCCGGGACUGGGAGAUGACUCCCUUGGAAGACAGGUGACGGCCCACAGGCCUAGUGACAAAAGGCCCCUUUGCCACCUUGUGGCUGUUCUGGGAACUGCACCUGUCCUAGGUCUGGGCCAGACCAAGCAGAGUGGCAGUCUGAGGACACUUGACUUACCACCCAAGUCCUGGGAAGAGAGGACAAGAAAUCAACCAGGCCUAUGCAAAGGCAGCAUUUUUUGGUUGUGGUGUAUGACUGAAUUCACCCUCUGUUUACAGAUAACUCUCUUCACUAUUCCUAGGAGGAAAAAGAAAUGCAUUCGGUACUUACCCGGAGAAGGCCGCUGCCCCAGCCCCGUUCCUUCCGAUGACAGUGCUCUAGGCUGCCCCGGGUCCCCAGCUCCCCAGGACUCACCCUCAUACCAUCUGCUGCCCCGCUUCCCCACAGAACUGCUUACUAGCCCUGCGGAGCCGGCACCUACAUCCCCAGGUCUCUCCACUGCUCUCAGCCUCCCAGCCCCAGGACCCCCACAGGCCCCCCGCAGCACCCUGCAGAGCACACAGGUACAGCAACAGGAAUCUCAGAGACAGGUGGCCUAGCAGGCACAGGACAUCUGGCUGCCUCCAGGAGCCUACCCCUGAGAGAAAGCGACAGAGACCCAGAUCUCAUGGAAACUGGCCAGGGGUCCUGUUAACGUCAUCUCAGGGUCCAGACCCUGAAGAUUUCAGAGGCUGCAGAACUUCUGCCUGAACCUGGGGCCAUCGAUUCAAAUUGCUCCAAGUGGUGGGAAUCAGAUCUGUGUUGAUGUGUCAUCUAAUUAAGGGAAUCCCUUGUACCUAUGGCUGCCUGCAUCUAUUCUUUGUACCAUCUGCCUUGCCAGCCAGAAGCCUCUGCCUUCCUAGCUUUUCUGCUAUAGGUCAGAGAUGGGCUGAACUGAGCCUAGCUACCUUCUCUACCCAUCUCCCCCAUCCCCCACUGCCACACCCUCCCCAUUCAGACACUUCAUGGACCAAGAAUGAGCUGGUUUGUCAAACAUGUGAGCAUGGUCACAACCACAAAGCUCAAGAUGACAACUCUUCUCUUUUAAGGAAAUGGAGAAGCUCUGUUUAUAAAAACAAAAACAAAACCAGCUGCUACUCAUAAGUUGGACCAGAGGAAGCCCCUUACUAUGAUCUCAGGAGCUUGCAAGAAGCAGGAAGGGGAAUGGAAUAGGUUAAGUUAGGCCUAUCAACCUAAGCAGCAGAAAUAAUCUGACACUACCUUAUCAGGCAAAUUGGGGGAGGGGAGGGUGUAUCUAGCUCUAGUUCAAAUUAUUUGGAAGUGUUCCCUGAGAAACUCACCAGCCUAAGAAGCUCUGAUACCAAGGCCCCAGGCUCGUCACUAGCAGCUGCAGUCAAUAGUUCAAAGAAGUCAUGGCCCAAAUCCAGUGUGCACCCCUCCCCAUUCACAGAGCCUUUUUCACAAUUCCAUUUCCAGUUCAUCUAUGGCAGUCCAGCCAGCUCCUGGGCAGCUGUGAGAUGGCAAACCCAAAACCUCAUGACAGCCAGAGCCUGUCUUCCAGCAUUCAAUCCAGGCCGGCUCCAGUUUCCCCAUGGGGCUGCGGGACAGAGGACCAUUACAACUAGAUCAAGGAGCCCAGAAAACCUCCAGUAGUGGACAACAGGUUUUCACCAUAGCCUACAUUAACCCAUUUUUGAGCCAAGCUUCAACCCUGAGCCUUGAAAAACAAGUCGUUUUUUUAAUUUAAUUUUUGUUUUUUGCCUCCUCACAUAGCCUAAAUCCAAAGAAAAAGGGCUGUCGGGCCAGGCGCGGUGGCUCACACCUGUAAUCCCAGCACUUUGGCAGGCCGAGGCAGGUGUAGCACCUGAGGUCAGCAGUUUGAGACCAGCCUGGCCAACAUGGUGAAACCCUGUAUCUACUAAAAAUACAAAAAUUAGCCAGACGUGGUGGUGCGUGCGUGUAAUCCCAGCUACUUGGGAGGCUGAGGCAGGAGAAUCGCUUGAACCCGGGAGGCGGAGGUUCCAGUGAGCCGAGAUGGCGCUACUGCACUCCAGUCUGGGUAACAGGGAGACUGCAUCUCAAAAGAAAAAAAAAAAGGCUGUCCAUUUACUCACACACCUUUCAAAAAAAAGGCUUUAGUUCCUACUUUAGCCACUGGUUUCUCAGAAUCCAAAGAUCACAUAUUCUAGUGUAACACUGCAAGAAGUCUUGAGAAAAAGAUUAUUGUAGUGUUCAAAAUAUUUUUGUAUUGUUAAUGCAUCAUCAUAGAAAAACUUUUUUAAACAUGAGAAUAAAGAUACUUUUUACUGGGUUUGUUUUUCAAA